UCCGUAAAAUAAUUGUCUAGUCAUCUCCUUCUUCCUUUUUAUCCUUUUGAAUAUUUUACUCCAAUAAAAUUCCCAAUUUCUUCAUCAAAAAGGCAGUUUCUCAGAUCAAAAAUCCAAUUAUUUCCUAACCGAUCCAACUAAAUCAAUUUUUUUUUCCCGAUCAGAUCUAUAAAGUUAUAUAUAUAAUGGGUGGUUUCAUAUCACGAUUUUGGUUCAUGAUGUUUCCCGCAAAAGAGUAUAAGAUCGUUGUAGUUGGAUUAGAUAACGCUGGUAAAACGACGACGCUUUAUAAGUUACAUUUGGGUGAGGUUGUUACUACUAACCCUACUGUUGGUAGUAAUGUUGAAGAACUUGUUUAUAAGAACAUUCGAUUUGAGGUCUGGGAUCUUGGCGGGCAAGAAAGACUGAGGACGUCAUGGGCUACUUACUAUCGUGGAACUCAUGCUGUUAUCGUAGUUAUCGAUAGCAGUGACAGAGCCCGGAUUUCCCUUAUGAAGGACGAGCUGUUCAGGUUACUCCCACACGAGGAUCUGCAAAACGCAGUUGUACUAGUCUUUGCGAACAAACAGGACCUUAAAGAUGCGAUGACCCCUGCAGAGAUAACCGAUGCGCUUUCCCUUCAUAACAUCAAGAACCAUGAUUGGCAUAUUCAAGCCUGCAGUGCCCUUACUGGUGACGGUUUAUACGAUGGUUUAGGAUGGAUUGCACAGAAAGUUCCUGGGAAAACACCAACCUAGACGGCGUCAGACAAAUGAAUAUGUUUUUUUUUUUUUAAUGUAUUCACGGGAUUAAUAUGAAACUCCAUGCCCUUGUUGUAAGUUUUUAUGUGUACUUGAUACUAUCAUAUUGCAUUUCCUUGAGACCUGCUGGCUUUGAUACAUCUGACCCAUUGUUUGGACAGUGAAAAGUAUGACAAAGUCUAUAUCAACCGGAAAUAGAGUUGGCAAAAUGUAAAAGUAGGUGAUUUCACUCAGUGAGUGAGUUUGCAUCAAACAUUACCCUUCUUAACUCUGUUUUCUCUAUGUUAUUUCAGCUUCAUCUUUACCUCUCAA